CUGCAACUUUUGAGCCCUACAAAACACUUCCGGUUGUUUUCUCUCAUCGGACAACAGUGCGGUGUGUCUGUGAUCUUUUCAAACUGAUUUCGAAACGCAUAUUUUAAAAUUGUUUUGUCUGAAGCUAAGAGGAUGGAAGAAAAGGUUAUAGAGCAAUUUUUGCGAAAUUCUUUGUCAUUGGCUUGCGCAAAUGCUUUUAUAAUCAUAGACAAGUGACUCUCAGAUCUACGCAAAGAUGGCAAAUGAAGCCAAGCCAUGCCCCUGUGAUAUUGGCGAUCGGAUGGAGUAUGGAGGGCUCGGCCAGGAGGUUCAGAUAGAGCACACUACAGCUUAUGUAGUCAAGCCAUCCGCUGCAUCUGACAAGGCCAUUAUUGUCAUUCACGACAUCUAUGCUUGGCAGCUUCCCAACACCAGAUACAUUGCUGACAUGCUGGCUGCAAAUGGAUACAUUGCUGUUUGUCCAGACUUCUAUGUUGAAAAGGAGCCAUGGAGUCCAUUACAUGACUGGUCCAAAUUUCAGGGGUGGCUUGAAGACAAAAAGCCAACCAACAUGAACAAAGAGGUGGAUGUAGUGCUGAGGUUCCUGAGGGAGCAGUGUGGGGCCCAACACAUCGGAGCACUGGGCUUCUGCUGGGGAGGUGUUGCGACACAUUACCUGGCCCUGCAGUAUCCUGAGAUCAAAGCUGGAGUGUCGGUCUAUGGGAUCAUCCGUGAAAAGGAGGACAGGUAUGACCUGAAGAGUCCCACGCUUUUCAUCUUUGGGGAGAAAGAUGAGGUUAUCCCACUGGAUCAGGUUAACGCCCUUGAAGCAAAGCUGAAAGAGAAAUGCACAGUGGACUACGAAGUGAAGAUCUUUCCUGGUCAGACCCAUGGGUUCGUCCAUCGCAAGAGAGACGACAUCAACACCAUAGACAAACUCAGCAUCCAGUUGGCCAGAACAGACUUGCUCAACUGGCUCAACAAGUAUAUGUAAAUGAGAGGGUCAGAACCAGCACGUUGGAGUCAGUUACAUGUAGUACUGCAGUAGCAACUGGAACCUGUAAUCAUAUUCCUACACAUACCAGACCAGCUUUCAUAGUCAGGAUGAAAACCUUCAAAGGCCAAAUGUAAAAUGUAGAGGUGCUAUUUGGAGCGAGCUGGUGAUUGCUGCUCAUAAUUUUUAUUUGCUUAUUGACAUUUCAGAUAUUUCCCAAAUAUUUUACAUUUUAUUUUGAUCUUAAUAAAAUUUGAAUU